AUGGCUCUCCAAACUCUCGACAAAGGGGAACACUUGCUAGACUUCUACAAUUGGAACAAGGUCAAGGUUCGCUACUGUGAUGGUUCAUCAUUUACCGGAGAUGUAAAGAGAGUAAAUCCUACCACCAACCUUCAUUAUAGAGGAGCAAGGGUAUGGCUUGCUGUUAUGGAAGAUCUACUUGCAAAGGGAAUGAGCAAGGCUGAAAAUGCUCUUCUCUCAGGCUGUUCUGCCGGUGGAUUUAUAUCCAUUCUACACCGUGACAACUUCCAUGCCCUUUUACCAUUGGGUACCAGAGUUAAAUGUCUUUCAGAUGCUGGUUAUUUUAUCAAUUUGGAUCAGCCCAGAAUUUGCCAUCUUCAUGCACUUCGAGGCUGACACCAAGCAUGGGUUGUAUGUCUAAAAUCAACAAAUAUUCCAACAACCCUAUUGUGCUAUCUUACCAACACUUUCGAUGAAAAUGCAGUGUUUUUUCCCUCAAAACAUGGUGCAGCAGAUACGCACGCCACUUUUCAUAUUAAAUGCUGCAUAUGAUUCAUGGCAGAUAAGAAAUAUUUUAGUACCAGGUUUGCUGAUCCUCAUGGUACCUGGCAUGACUGCAAGCUUGAUAUACAGCAGUGCUCUUCAUCUCAACUUCAAAUCAUGCAGGGUUGCAGGACACAAUUUCUAAAUGCACUGGCUGGGUUUGGGAGCUCUUCUUCUACAGGCAUGUUCAUAAAUUCUUGUUAU